UUCCCGGGCCAAUGGCAUCAAGGGCCGCGCGCUCUCGGCGACCUCGCCGCUAUCACUGCACACGCGCCGCGGAAGUGAAUUUGGGCCAAUUUUGGGUUGUGUGACUGGCUCUUGCGGGGAAUACUUGUGCAAUAAAAUCGCAGCGCUCAAGUGGUUUUAGGUUGCUUUUGCACUGCGAAGUGUCAUGCUGGAUGAUUGAAGUGAUGGAGGAAAAUGUUCACCCAGAUGCUCAGUGAUCAAAGUUCAAUUGACGUGGGGAAAAACAGAACUCUCUAAAAAUGGCAACGACUGGACAGAUAACCACCUGUCUUUCUGAAACGGUGCAUGCUUUGGUCUGUCACCUUGGGCUGGAAAUGGAGGAUAAUGCAGAUCUGGACCACAUUGUGACUGCGUCUGGGCAAGUUUGCUGGGAAGCCAUUACAUUUAAUCUACGCACAUUGGACAAUGAAGAGCAUGAUCUGAAUUAUAAAGAAAGUGUAAGGCUAUUGGGGCCCGUGUGUAAAGCUGUCCAUUUAUAUCUACAAUCACUCAACGCAAAGCAGUUCAAUGACCAAUAUGGUAUUUGGUUUAUAUGGACGAAUAACACAGAGUUAUUUAUUGAUGUGUUUGAGGCCAUCAAGAGUUCACAGCCUACAACCAUAGCUCUUGAUUUAAUGAAAUUAACCGCAUGCCUGGAACGAACCUUAGGCAAUGUGUUUCUCUCGAUGGGCAAUGACUGUCCUUUUCUUCUGAGAGACUUGUUGGCCUCCCAAGAACUAGCUACAAUCUUUGGACAAGAUGUGAUGAAUGUCCUGCGAGUGUUCCUGGGGUCACCACAGAGCUUAAAUCUCCGCAACAUAUUGUGGCAUGGCUUUGCAGCUCCUGCGGAAAUUCCACCCAUGUACACGUCUAUGCUGCUGUUGCUUACAGCUGGUUUAGGACAGAUACUGCAGAAAGGUUCCAUGCCCCUCCAUCGACCUUAUUUCAGAUUGACACAGCUGGAGGAACUUGCUGUAUUUCCUGAUAUUAAUGAAGAAGCUAUUGCUUUGGCAGAAGAUUUUAUUGGUAAAUCUGAUUUUGUUGUGGAAAUCAUGCUGCCUUACUGGAGAGAGGCAGUUGCAGCUUACAGAAAUCAACGGUAUGCGGACUGUGUAAUACUACUUCUACCUCAGCUGGAGACCGGACUCCGGAAAUUGUUCACAAUAGUUAAUAACUGUCCCAGUAGGAUUCUAACUGCAGAGUCCACAAUGCUUUACACCACAUUUGAUGAGAUGCUGGCGAAAUACCUUGAGAAUGAUGAUACAAACCAGCUUCCAACAGCUCUUGGAGAUCCUAUAAUGGAAAUUCUUUGGGAUCUUUUAAACCAUCAGGAGGGUCCCCGGAUCCGAGACCAUCUAAGUCAUGGUGAACUUGAUUUGAAGUUGUUUCCUAAAAAAAUGGCUAGUCACAUCGUAGCACUGGCCAUUGUUUUAUUACAUCGUUGCUGCAAAAAUGGAAAUGAAAUAGCUAUGGAAAAUGAAUGCUUGAGGGUGAUCAUCAGUUCUACAAGUUCAUACUGCUCUCGGUUCCAUCCUAUCGGAAGACUUAAACAGCAGCUUCGACAUUGCGUUGGAAGCCUACGAAAAUGGGAUGAGAUUCCCGGGCCCUCAAUAGAGCAGGUGUCUGAAAGUCCAUGGUCUGAGUAUUGGAGUCAAAGAACACUAGCUACCUCUGGCAGUCUCAUGGAGGAAAUUGUUUCGUACAUAGUAAAACGGCUAAAGCCAGUCUACAAUGAAGAACUGAAUACGUCACAAUUGUUAGCUGAGGAGCAACUCCACCUGGUAAUUAAACUGCUGGCCAACUCCAUACACACUUUGUAUUGUCCUCGGACUCUUCUGGAAGUGGUGGCUCUGCUGAGGAAGGUGGCCUUCCAGUGCCUGACCGUUUCCGAGCAGGUCACAAACGGUGCUGCAACCCGCCAACAACAGUGGUUGAGCAAAUCAUUGCGCUCACGCCAGAGGCAAAAUUAUCUUCGGAUGUUGGCGAGUGUUCAGUAUUUGCACUCCGUCUUCAGCCUAAUUACGCUACUAGUAACAGUGGAACUGCUCAAAGCACAAAUAAUAGGUGAAAUGGAUUCUUCUGAAAAACGCAGUUAUUUGAAAUUCUUGAAGUCCUUGGUGCAAUAUGCAGAAAAUAUGGUGACCUACACAAGCCCGGAGAAAAAUAAAUGGGGUGAAACAUGGGACCUGACUGAAAAGAUGCUACUGAAAGUUAAACAGUUUUACAACCAGUUUUUUAAUGGAAUAACAAGCUAGGCAACAUGAGUGUGGUUGAGAGUAAUUGAUCUUAAUCUAAAAUAGUUAUGUACUUUUAAAAUUGCACUCAUCAUUGUAGUCCUGGAGGAUGUAGGUUUAUGUGUGUGAGCAGGGAUUAUGAUAUGUUUUAUUGUGGAGGCCAAUGCAGUCGUGCUCAAUUCACUCCAUUCUAAGCAUUGAUCAGGUAAAGGGUCCUGAGAACAUGAUCCCCUUCCUAAUUGGUCUUGCACAAGACGAGCUAAUUCAGACAAAAUUUUAGAUCAGAUCUACAUAGAUACAUAGACAAUAGGUGCAGGAGUAGGCCAUUCGGCCCUACGAGCCAGCACCGCCAUUCAAUGUGAUCAUGGCUGAUCAUCCACAAUCAGUACCACGUUCCUGC